AUGGUCCCAAACUUUUGCGGCGCCCCCGAGGGUCGAACAAGACUAUACCUGCAAACGUUUAAAUCUCUCCAAUAUGAACUGACCAAGGCCAUGGAAGGGCUGGGCAUGGAUGAAGGGGAUGGGGAAGGGAACAUCUUCCCCAUUAUGCAGAGCAUCAUGCAGAACCUCCUGUCCAAGGAUGUGCUGUACCCAUCACUGAAGGAGAUUACUGAAAAGUAUCCAGAAUGUUUGCAGAGUCACCGGGAGUCUCUUCCUCCACAGCAUUUGGAAAAAUAUCAGGAACAACAUAGUGUCAUGGACAAUAUAUGUGAGCAGUUUGAGGCAGAGACCCCCACAGACAGUGAGGCCACUCAGAAGGCUCGUUUUGAGUUAGUGCUGGAUCUUAUGCAGCAGCUACAGGAUUUGGGCCAUCCUCCAAAAGAACUGGCUAGGGAGAAGCCUCCUGGCCUCAACUUUGACCUGGAUGCCCUCAAUGUGUCGGGCCCAGCAGGUGCCAAUGGCGAACAGUGUCUGAUCAUGUGA